UCUGUCCAAUUACAAUGACUUCGUGCUCCUGGGGACGCCUCAGUAGAUCGAAAUCGUGGUUAAACGCUGAAAAAAAAUCAACUCCAGACCAUGUCACGACGCAAUCCAGGGGAGGACUACAGAAAAGGGUCAAGUACCUACAGAGCGGAGGAUAGGAGGGAUAAGGAUGAUGACAGGGACAGAUCACCCCUGCGAUCAGAGGACAGGAGGGAAUCACCCACUUACGGACAGGGAGACUCUAGGAAACAGAAAUUAACGUUUGGAUUUGGAAAGAAAGUACCGACUGACCAGAAGAAAGGAAUACAAAUGAAAUUGGGAGCAACAUCUAAACCAGUGACCAAGCCCGUGGCAAAGCCAACAGUAGCCUCAGUAUUCAAUGCUGAUGACGAUGAUGAACCUGAGGAGAUGCCUGCCGAAGCACGAAUGAGAAUGAGAAAUAUUGGACGUGAGACUCCGACCUCAGCUGGGCCCAAUUCAUUUGGAAAAACUAAACAAGGCUUCUGUGAUUCUAAGAAAAUAUUCGAGAAAACACUUAAAAAGGCGAUGGAGGAGGCAAACAAAUGAUUCUGUUCAUGCGAUUUUUUUUCUAGUUUUAAGAGAUAACUGUACAUUCGUUUAAUGUAAGAGGUAUCAUGGGGUAGCGGAGAAAUCUCCAUGCUGAAGGUUUUUAUGAUAUCCAGAAUGUUCUUUUUGCAAAUAGCCAAGUCGCUUUGACCUCAGAUAAAUUUCGAUACAUCGAUCUGGCACAGGGAAAAUUGUAUCAACUACAUGUGUUAAUAUUGUGGAAUUUUAGAUCGCAUCUUCCCUCAGUGUUUUCUGAUAUUUUCAACAGAGAUAUUUCAAAUGUAAAUGGAAAAUGCCGGAGAGCCGAUACACUCAGUAAUCAGGAAUAUGACUAAUAAAAAUUUAUUUGUUUCAAUUCAUUUUUAAUAAUA